AGAGAGAGAGAGAGAGAGAGAGACAGAGAGAGAGAGAGAGUGAGUGAGUUAGAAAGAACGAGGAAAAGAGGGAGUGUGCCUGCAUGUGUGUGUGUCUCUCUCUCUGUGUGUGUGUGUGUGUGUGUUGUACACAGGUACCGGAGAAAGAGAGGGAACAGAGAGAGAACAGAGAGAGAAGUUGAUUUGUCUUUAUUCAUGUGCGGAAGGGGAAGAAAGAAAUAAGAAAUAGGAGAGAAGAAGAGAAAUUCGGUCCAGUAGAAUAAACCGCGGCGCUGAAGGAAAGAAAGAAAGAAGGAAGGGGGAGAGGGAGAUUUUUGUUCCCCUCUUCUUUAUUGGAGCUUGUUAGAAUAAAAAAAAAGAAAGAAAAAUAAGGGACGCGGCGUUUUGUCAGGACGCGCUGAUCCGAUGGUCAUGACGGCGGCUGUCGACAUGAAACCGACGCUCACGAUCAUCAAGGCGGAGAAGAUGGACGGUCAGGGUUCAGCGACGGGCAGGAAUGCGUGCAGGGGGCGUGCCCCGCCCGGUGGCACAGCAGGAGCUUCAGGCGGGAGGCCGAGCCCGGCUUUCAAGAUCUGAUUCAAAAUGCCGCUUGUUCGCUCGAGCCGGCGCGUUUGAUGCCUCUGCCGAGAGGGAGCCCCUUAUCAGGCAUCUCGCUCCACGCCCGCCCUCGUACAGACACUGUCUACGCACACACGAGGCCAACGUGCCGUACGAGCCACCGGGUUCACUUCCGUGUCGAUCCGGAGUGCGGCGACGUCCCGCUGCUCACACCGGGAAGCAAAGAGAUGAUGUCCCAGGCCCUGAAGGCCACGUUCAGCGGCUUCACCAAGGAGCAGCAGCGGCUGGGGAUUCCCAAAGAUCCGCGCCAGUGGACGGAGAACCACGUGGCCGAGUGGCUCACGUGGACCGUGAACGAGUUCAGCCUGAAGAACGUGGACUUUGACCGGUUCUGCGUGAACGGCGCCGGCCUGUGCGCCAUGGGGAAGGAGCGCUUCCUGGACCUGGCGCCCGACUUCGUGGGCGACAUCCUGUGGGAACAUUUAGAAAUGCUUCAGAAAGAGGAUAUGAAGCACUAUCCCAUCAAUGGAUUGACCUCCAGCUUCCAGGAAUCCCGUUAUACCUCAGACUACUUUGUCAGCUACGGUGUUGAGCAUGCUCAGUGUGUCCCCCCUUCUGAAUACUCAGAGCCCGGCUUCAUCACCGAGUCCUACCAGACGCUGCACCCCAUCAGCUCGGAGGAUCUGCUGACGCUCAAGUACGAGAGCGAGUACCCCGCCGUCAUCCUGCGGGACACGCCCCUCAACCCGCUGCAGGGCGACUACUUCUCCGUCAAGCAGGAGGUGGUGUCGCCCGACAACAUGUGCGUGGGACGCCUCAGCCGAGGUAAGCUCGGCGGCCAGGACUCCUUCGAGAGCAUCGAGAGCUUCGAGAGUUGCGACCGGCUGACGCAGUCGUGGAGCAGCCAGUCCUCGUUCAGCAGCCUGCAGCGGGUGCCGUCGUACGACAGCUUCGACUCGGAGGACUACCCCGCCGCCGCCGCCCUGCACGGCCACAAGCCCAAGGGCACCUUCAAGGACUACGUGAGGGAGCGCUCGGACCUCAGCAAGGACAAGCCCGUCAUCCCGGCGGCGGCGCUGGCAGGAUACACAGGCAGCGGCCCCAUCCAGCUGUGGCAGUUUCUCCUGGAGCUGCUGACCGACAAGUCGUGCCAGUCCUUCAUCAGCUGGACGGGCGACGGCUGGGAGUUCAAGCUCUCCGACCCCGAUGAGGUUGCGCGGCGGUGGGGCAAGAGGAAAAACAAGCCCAAGAUGAACUACGAGAAGCUGAGCCGCGGCCUGCGCUACUACUACGACAAGAACAUCAUCCACAAGACGUCGGGGAAGCGCUACGUCUACCGCUUUGUCUGUGACUUAAAGAGCCUGCUGGGCUACACCCCCGAGGAGCUGCACGCCAUGUUGGACGUAAAGCCGGACACGGACGAGUGAAAGGCAAAAAGGCGGGAGAGCGAGGAACAGGACGUUUAAAGGAGCCACGUUGGACUGGGGGGGGAUUGCGGCUCAUAAAGUGGUCUUAACUGUUUUAAUAGCAUCAGUAAACCUUUUUCUUUUGUGUGUGGGGGGGGGGCAAAAUGUUUUUUUUAAGUCUGGUCAACUCUUGUCUCUCGGACCAUGUUUUAAAAGGAAGGCACAACCCCCCCGAAAAGCCUGUAUUCAUACUCUGUUGCGUUUGAGAUAUGUGGGCGCGCAUGUGCGUCCGUGCGAGUGUUGGUAUGUGUGAUAUAUAUAUGUAUUAUUUAGCAGCUUGAGGCAGACGGAACGCUAUCGGGUAGAGUUAAGGUUCACUUCUGCCUAAGUAGCACAGUGGGGGGGCGGGGGGGGGGGGUGCGGAGGUGCGGAGAGGGACCAGAGGACCAAUGAAAAGAGCAAAAUUUGAAAACGGUUGCCGAAAAUGUAAAAAACAACUAAAAAAACAAUCGAAGAAGGUUUAACGUCUUGUUUUAGAUUGAACGGUAUGUUCACUGUCUCCGGGAGUUUUCAGCUUGGACCAAAAAGUAUUGUCUGUAGUUUAUUUUUCUUUUCUUUUUCUUUUUAAAAGGAGUGUAUGCUUGUGCCAGUAUUAUAUUACUGAUUUUGGGAACCCCCCCCCACCCCCCCCCCCCCAUGUAGACCUCCCGAACAGGCACACACACAUAUAUAUACAUAUGAAGGUAUCGCAGCCUUCUAGAUUUUGGAAAUGUGCCGAUCGCGUCGCCAGGCAACGCUGUGAGACGCUGGUCCUCUGUGGUUUCACAGGGUGUGUGGGGAGCCGGUGACAUUACUCAGAACGCGAGGCCUCUCCUCUCGGUUCGACGAGACGACCGAAAGCAGCCGUUUGCUCUUGAAACCGACGCGUUUCGACCUUCUCCUUUACGUCCAUGUGUUCUGCCACCGCGUUGAGACGCACAUGUUGUGACUGAAACUUUAUGCCUUUUUUUUUUUUCUUCGUUUUUUGCAUAUACACCGCCAGUAUUAGCAAACUGUAGACAAUCUAUGUGUGUGUGUGUGUGUGUUUGUGGGGGGGGGGGGGGG